AUGAAUGAUAUCAUAUCACAUUUGAAAUGGAUAAUAGCCAUGCUGCAUUUCCAUGUAAGAGCCGCUAUUCAACAACAAAUGAUUCCGUCUAUAAGUGGAAUGGAUGAAUUGGAAUCAUUCUCGCUUACGGCUAUACAACGUGUUCUUUCACUUUUCGUAAUCCAGACGUGGUUACGUGGUUAUAGUAAAUGGACAGUGAUUCGGCAUCGCAGAAUUAUAAAUAAAUUCAUUCAUGAAUUUAUUCAGGAAAUACAUUCAUGUUUUCUUGAUCCAUUCAACAUUCAAUAUGACUUCGACACAAUAAAAUGCUAA